UCAAAAUUCGUUUUGGAAUGGGGAAAAUGGAGAUUUAAGAACUGGCGUGAAGCUCAACUAGCCAAGUAGCUGUCGUUCAGUUUACCGGCCCCUUCAGAAUUCGAAAAUUCAAAGCAGAUUUGGAAUCAUCCCGCCAGAAAACGCACUCAGAGCUGGAGAAAAUGGAAGCUCAAGGGGAAUUACCAGCGCCGACGCUGAAGCUAACUAUGGAGAAAGGUCCACUCGCUGGCCAAUGCGUGGAAUUCAAACCCGGUUUUACCGUUCGUCUUGGCCGAGUUCGCCGGCCUGGCCGUGGGCCGUUCAACAAUCUCGUCAUCAAAGAUGCAGAUUCCGGCAUCGAAGAUCCCGGCAUCUCCUCCAGACACCUCACCGUCGAAUACAACUCAUCCGAUGGAAAAUGGAUUAUCUGCGACCUCGGAUCCCUUAAUGGGACCUUUCUCAAUGGCGAUAAACUUGACCCGUCCUGUCCCACCGCGCUUUCUGACAGCGACGUCAUUAAGAUCGGGGAUCUCACUACAAUGAAGGUCCAAAUCCAUUGCCUCCACAGCGCUUCUACCAAGGAAAAGGUAAACCCUAGGGGGAAGGCCGCCACAGACACCGCACAAAAAGAUAACCGCAUUGUGGCUGAGAAUCCCGAGUUAGGGUUAGCGGAUGCAGAGUUGGGGAAGACGAAUAGGCGCCUCCCUCCUCGUCCCCGGGGUAGGACUCAGAAGGGAAGUAAUGUGAUCAGUGACAAGGUUGAACUUCAAGCUGAGGGCACUGGUUUUGAUAAAGGCAAGACUUCUCAUGUUGAAAUUGCUAUUGUUGAGAAAACAGAGAGCCUCAGGAUGAUAGAGAAAGAUGAAGAUGGUGGUCAGCCAAGGACCAGGAAUGGCCGAGGAAGAGGAGGCCAAGCAAAGCUGGGAAGGGCCGCCGCCAGAAGUACAAAGCAGAGCAUUUUACAUGCAGAGAGUGUCACUUCAGUUCAUUUGGAAGAAGAUGGUAAUGCAGCAAAUUCUUCUAGCUUAAAGGACAGAGAUGAACUUCAAGCUGAGGGCACUGAACUUGAAAAUGCAGGUUCACUGAGAAAAAGGAAUUCAGUCAAGGUAGAGGAUUUCAGUGAUGGGGCUUCUCAAGUUGACCUGGCUAUUGUUGAGAAAACAGAGAAUUUGAGUGUGAUGGGGACUGAUGAGUAUGGUGGUCAAGGAAGGACUAGGAAUGCCCGGGGAAGAGCACGUCCAGCUGUCACAAGAAGGGCCAACACCAGAAGUACCAAAAAGAGCAAUUUACAGGCAGCGAAUGUGACUUCAGUUCAUUUGGAAGAAGAUGGGAAUGCAAAGAUGGAUGGAGAUGAAGUUGUAGAGCAAACCUUAUGUCAAGAAGAAGACACUCACGCUAUGGAGGAGGAUCAUGAAGGGGAAGAGCAGUUUAAGUCCAGGGAAAAAGAAGCUCACCAUGUACCUGGUGAAAAGAAGGGCAAACCUGACACUGAAAAAACAUUGGACUUGGAAACUAUGACCAUGGGUGAGUGGCUUGCGUAUUUGGAGGUUGAGAUCCCAAAACAAAUAAUUGAAGCCUCAGAGGAGAUGAUUUCAGAAAUGAGAAACAAGGCAGAGAAGUUUCAAGAAAUUAUGAUGAACCAAAAGAAUGCAAAGGAUCGGAGGACCUGAUGUGAGGUAUAUAUUAGACUGCCUUGGAGAGAUCAGUAGAAUCACUGGUUCUGGUAAUCUCAUAGGAGAAUAUCCUCUUGCUGUAAUAUUUUUGUUUCAAAGGUCAGUGGUGGUUUUAAAUUCGUACAUGGAAGAACAAAUUUGUGAGAAUCUUGACAUCUUGCUUUAAGCUGACUUAAUGCUCCCACAUUCCCUUUUAAGCAAAACCAUGAUGCUCUAAGUUCUGCAUUAGGCACAACUGUUAUGGUACGAAGAUCUCUGAGUCCUAGAUUUAGUUCUUACAUGAACUUUACUCCUAUUAGUGGGGGAGUUUCUUUGUUAAACUCCUAUUAGCUGUUGUGCUUGAGAAAAGCAGUGAUCGAAGGGGUCAUAUGUGAUUUAAACUCUUUGCCUCUGAACCAUAACCUACCGUUAAAGUUUAUUAGUUUUAUUUAGACAUAUUUCUUAUGAAAAUAGGUCAUUUUUUCCAUGAUCA